GUUUUGCACGGUGUUACGCGGCGGGGCGCGCGGGGCUAGAAUGUGGGUCGCGCCGUGCCAGUCAAGUUCAAGGCCACGCACGCGCGCCGGCCGCAAGAUGGCGCUGAUGUUCCAUGUUCGAAAUUUUGCGAGCGGGGCGCGGGGCGCGGGAUCGGCGGGAACGAAUUUUCGGUGCAACACAUACGGAGCUGCACUCGUUUACUGACCGCCGCGACGCGUGGUAGUCUCUCGGUCUAGAUUUCUAACAUAACCUAACAACAAGCUACAUGGAUUGGAUGGAGGAGGUGGUGUCGAUGAUGUCGGCCGUCAGCGGCACGGGCGAUCAGCUGCUCCGCCGUGUCAAACAAGAAGCCGAACCACCACCACAGUAUUCCCCGACGGAACAACUUGCUCACGCUUCCCCGCCACUCCCGCGCCCCAUGCUGAUGCAGCAAGAGAUGGAGCUGGAGCCCAAAGAAGAGGUGAAGUACUGCGUAUCGCCCGGCGAAGGCAUCGUCGGCAACACCAGCCCCGAGCAGCAGCACUGCUCUUCCACCACCGCCGCUGCACCGAGCGCUAGAGAUGACGACGCACCCAGGAGGCUGUGUCUCGUGUGCGGAGAUGUCGCGUCUGGGUUCCACUACGGAGUGGCCAGCUGCGAAGCUUGCAAGGCGUUCUUUAAGAGGACAAUCCAGGGCAACAUAGAAUACACGUGCCCGGCGUCGAACGAGUGCGAGAUCAACAAGCGGCGCCGCAAGGCGUGCCAGGCGUGCCGCUUCCGCAAGUGCCUGCGCACGGGCAUGCUGCGCGAGGGCGUGCGCCUGGACCGCGUGCGCGGCGGCCGCCAGAAGUACCGCCGCGCCGCCGACCCGCCGCCGCAGCAGCGGCCGCACCUCGACGACAUCAAGAUCCUGGAAGUCCUGUCCUCGUACGAACCAGAGCCGUUCACUUGCGGCGCCCCGCCGGCCGGGGUCACUGAACCCUCAGCCAGGACCCUAGCUCUACUAGCUGACCUCUAUGACAGGGAGCUGGUGGGAGUCAUCAGCUGGGCUAAACAGAUACCCGGCUUCACGGACUUGCAGCUUAAUGAUCAGAUGCGUCUCCUCCAAAGCACAUGGGCAGAGAUGUUGUCCCUAAUGUUAGCGUAUCGGUCACAGUCCACCGGCGGCGGUGUGCUGCGACUGCGUUUCGCCACCGACUUGCAACUAGACGAGCAACAGGCGAGAGACAUCGGGGCAGGAGAGCUGUUCGCACAGGUGGCCGGUGUAGUGCGACGGCUGGAACGCGCAGCGGCGCUCCGCGAAGAAUGCUGGUUACUGAAGGCGCUCGUAUUAGCGAACAGCGAAGCCCGCAUAGAAGAACACGCAGCACUACGUCGCUUUAGAGACGCCAUACUGGCCGCGCUCAACGACGCGGUUUCGGCGCUCAGGCCAUACAACGCCGGCGCGGCGCUGCAACAGCUGCUGCUCGUGCUGCCCGCGCUGCGGCACGCCGACGUCGCCGUACGCCGUUUUUGGGCCCAGGUAUACCGCGACCGGAGGGCUCCCAUGAACAAGCUCUUCGUGGAAAUGCUGGAAGCGUGUCUGCGGUAAGCUGCAGCUCAAACCUUACACCUGGAAGCAAACUGAGGACGGUGCAAAACCCAGAUGUAAUCUGGAAGUCCUGGACUGAUAGCGGACGGUGCAAUCCAGAUAUAAUCUGGAAGUUGAUACAGUGCCGAGUGAUUAUUUUAGAGUCCAGGUCUAACCUGGAACACUUGAAGACCUGGAGUGUUUAGUUGUGUAAAGAACUGGAUAAUGCUGUGGAAUGAAUGGAUAAUAUACUUGAAGAAUAUGGGGAAUGGUUAUAAGAACUAUUAUUAAUGCAAGAAGACAGAAAAGUGAUUUGAGUACAGGUCUAACCUGGAAAUGGAACACCUGGAGACCUGGAGUGUUUAGUUGUGUAAAGAACUGGAUAAUGCUGUGGAAUGAACGGAUAAUAUACUUGAAGAAUACGGGGAAUGGUUAUAAGAACUAUUAUUAAUGCAAGAAGACAGAAAAGUGAUUGAGUACAGGUCUAACCUGAAAUGUAACGUAGAACUAAGUUUGGGCGGUGCCAUAUGAUAUCUAGAUAUUUUGAAAAUAUUUGAUGGUUAUUGAUGAGUAAUAAAAAUAUAUGAAUAGAAAGAUCUGCGGGUUUCAUAAUUUCGUGAAAUGUGGAAAUAGCAAGUGUAAGAACACUAAUGAAGAUGCACCGUCAAGUGGGACUUAUAACAGUGUCAGUACUAGUACCUGGUACUAAGUACUUAGUGACUAAAUACUGGUGACUGGAUACUAGUGACUCAGUGGUUGGAGCUUGUAUGACCUCAAGUUAUUAUUUAAGUCUUUGGCGCGGGAUGCGGGUUUAGAUUUCAUUAAAAAUUUCUACAUAUCAUUCUGUCGUUUAGUAUGCAUUUAAUUUAACUCUGCUUUCAGUCAUUGUGUUAAUUUUAGAUAUUCUGACUGUUGGAUAAUUCUAUAUUACAUAAUUGUUGCU